AUGUUGUUAAUGGUGGUGGUUUUUGCGGUUGAUGCUACUAGGAAAAAUGCACAUUUAAGAAAAAUCAAUAAAAAGAAUAACUAUAGCUCAUUUCACAAAAGAAUGGCAAAUUCAACUGAAGAAAAAGUGAAGAUGGUACGAAAACUUGUACGUGAAUGUAAAGCUGUAGCCCUAUCUGCAAAUUCGGCAAUUUCAGGAUUCGAAGGAUAUACUGAUGUAAUUCUACAAAUUCCUGCUGAUGGUGGACGUGGUAUUCCAUAUUUAUAUAUUUCUCCAAAAGAAGUAAGCGGCUUAGAUUUGAGCAAAGACUACAAAGCCUCUCUUUUAUAUUCCCAAUCAGCUAUUGAUGACAGUUGUGAUAAUUAUCCUCUGAAAGCUAAGGACAGCAAAUGCGCUAAAGCCAUGUUAAUUGGGAAAAUAACUAAAGUUUAUGAAGAUGAUGAAGAUUACCAGUUUGGAUAUGAUGCAAUUAUUGAAAAAGUGCCAGGAUAUGCCGAUGUAGAUAAGGAGGAAUUUGAACUUCUAAAGAUGAUCAUUGAAGGUAUUUUUUUGAGAUCCGAAGAUGGAAGUCCAGACCAAUUGUCAGUUGAUGCAUAUAUUAAUGCUGCGUCGAAUCCAAAUUAA